GAAGACGGGUCUGUAGAUGACAGCUCCCUGAACUAUGACAUUGGUAUAGUUGCUGUUUGUGUGGUUGUUGGGGCGCUGGUAGUGGUGUUACUUGGUGUUGUCGCUGGAUCCUGCUACAAGAGAAAUAGACAGAUUGCUGAGAGCAGACAAGCCAGCUUGAAUAGAUGUUUUCCCUCGGACUUAUUCUCAAUAUUUUCACCUCCACCCUAUGAGGGGCAUGAACCACGCCCAAAUGAGCCACCUCCUAUAUACACAGUCAGCGCAGACGAUGCGAUUCUCAGCAAUCAGGGGUCCGUUAAUGAAUCUCCACCCCCAUACUCUCCUACAAGUAGAUCUCAACCAGCUUCUGUCACACAUACAACAUUCUCCAAUGUUGCCAUGGCAACCGUUGUUAACGCAACAACAUUCACACAAAAUGUUACUCAGGCAACGUGUGAUCUAGACAAUCAUUCCAGCCAACCCGCAGUUAAUAGUAAUGCCACCAGACUUUCUCAAAACUCUAGUCAAUCAGACACGCCUGUUACCGUGUCAGGAAAUGAUGCAUCAAACUCUGAAAAUGAAGAAAUAACCUUACAUGAGAUAGUACAUGAAAGAGAGCCGGUUGUGAUAAGCGAUACAGUACAUUUGGUAUAAAAGAUCGGAUGCAUUCCCGGGGUUUAUAUUCUCAAUUGGUCAAUAUGUAAAAAUAACGAAGGAGUUUAAGCUUGCAUAUAAAAUCGAAACGCCAACCAAUACGUA